UUCAGUUCUGUUGGUUCGGUCGGUCAUUUUUUAUUAAACGAACGUUAUCGGAUACUCGAAACAAUUAAAGCGACAUUGAUAAGAAUUAUUCUUCGGUACAUAACACUAAAUUUUAAUGAAUAUUCCAAAAUCAAUUGAACAGUAGCUGCCUGCCAAUAGUCAAAGUUUAAUAAGUAAAUUGUGAUUUGAAUUGGUUUGGUUCGAGUCAUUUAAACAAUUUAGUUCACGGUCGAGUCUUAAGUUAAACAAAAGUUGGGCAUUCAAAGUGUCAUUAAUAGUGAAAGUGAGAUUUAAUUAUAACGGUUAUAUUUGCCGUCAGUAAACAAAACACAUUUGGGUGUAAUUGAAAAAAUAAAAAUAAACAAACAAAAUAUUUAAUUAUUGAAGCAGCGAAAAAUGGCUAUUAAAACGGUGGCACCCACUAAGCAGCAGGUGGAUGAGCUGCGUAACAUGUUCAUAGAAAAAUAUGAAAAAAAUCCUCCGGCAGCUCCUUUUCAUGCCGUCGACAUAGAUCGCGUUCGCAAUGACGAUGUAUGGUGUACACGUUUCCUGGAAAUGUACGAUCACGAUAUGAAGGUAUCAUUUGAUAAACUCUGGAGCACCUGUAUAUGGCGUCAACAGUAUGGAGCCAACGAUUUAAAUGAAUCCAACGUAAGAAUGGACUAUUUAACUGAUGGCGUGAUAUUUCAACACAACAAAGAUAUCGAUGGAAAACCUCUGCUGAUCUUCAAAACAAAAUUACACGUUAAAGGUGCUAAAAAUAUGGAUGAUGUACUCAAGGUGUUGGUCUACUGGAUUGAACGUAUGCAUCGUGAGACUAAUAUGGACAAGUGUACCAUAUUUUUCGAUAUGGAUGGUACGGGUUUAUCAAAUAUGGAUUUGGAGUUUAUAAAAAUGAUUAUUGAAACGUUUAAGAUGUAUUAUCCAAAUGCUUUGAAUUAUAUUAUAGUGUUUGAGAUGGCUUGGGUAUUGAAUGCUGCUUUUAAAAUUGUAAAAGCCUUGUUACCCGAAAAAGCUGUGGAAAUUCUAAAAGUGAUUAAGAAAAAAGAUAUUAAUCAAUAUAUUGAUAAGGAUAACUGUUUGGCCUCCUGGGGUGGCAAUGAUGAUUAUCAGUUUUCUUUUGUGCCCGAAAAGAGAAUAGCUGCUGCUCCUGCAAAUGGAAAAUUGCCCAAUGGUAGCGCACCUGCUGUAAAUGAUGACUUAAAUAAUAAUAUCAAUGAUAAAAAGGUCCAUUUUGCCAAAAGCAGUCUACACCAGACGCCAGCUGCAGAACAACAACAAACACAAAUGCACGAUAUACCAGAUCAUUUUACACCACAAGAUCACGACAUGAUGCGAGUUUCACCACAAGAUUUCUUGAAAUUUACACGCGGUGAUGCUAAAGAAAGUAUACUGGAACUAACAAGCACAAGUCUGUAUCCAGUUACAUACAAGAUACAAACAACAUCACCCGAAAAAUUUCGUGUUCGUCCCCGUAUUGGUAUUUUAAAUCCGGGUGAAACUGUGGCCGUUAAUAUUUUAUUAAAACCCGAACACAAUCUUUCCGACAAUGCUAAAGAUAAAUUUUUGAUCAUGUGUUUACCAGCCGUCGACGUACAAACCAAUCAAAAUGCUGAUUUCUGGAAGAAAUUGGAUAAUAAUGCGCCCAAUGUGGAACAACACAGAUUAUGCUGUAUUUACAGAGACAGCGAAAGUGGUCAAAGUGCGACAAUGAUAAGCAAUGGUUAUAGUGCCAGCUCUGGUGAUAAGAAAUUGGAAAGUUCAACUAAGCUGUCCGAAGAAACACGACGUUUGGAGAAACAACUUAGGAACACACAAAUCUUACAACUAGCCACCCUAAUAAUUGUCAUCAUACUGUCGGCGGCUGUUAUUUAUCUGCUAAAAUUACAAUUGUGCAACGAUGAUGGUUGCUUGAACAAGGAGGAGGCAGCAAACAAUGUUGACUUUGGCUCAUGUGCCAAAGGCAAAGCAGAUCUAUAA